AUGUCAAGCCAAUACAUCGACCAAACGGGCGCUCCCCAAAUCGUCGUCAGCAACCUCUCCUACACCUUUCCUGACCGGUCCCUCGGCCUCCAAAAUCUCACGCUCUCCCUCCCGCCCUCGUCGCGCACCCUCCUCAUUGGCGCUAACGGCGCUGGCAAAACGACUCUCCUACGCCUGCUCUCUGGCAAGCGUCUCGCGCCAUCAGGAGCCAUCUCCGUGGGCGGACUUGACCCCUUCAAAGAUGGUCUCGAGGGUGUCACAUAUCUCGGUUUAGAAUGGGUACUCAAUCCUAUCGUGCGAACAGACAUCGGCGUACGGGAGCUACUGAAGUCUGUUGGUGGAGAUCAUUAUCCCGAGCGGAAAGACGAGUUGGUGGAGGUGCUGGAUAUUGAUUUGGACUGGCGCAUGCAUGCUGUUUCGGAUGGUGAGCGCAGACGGGUCCAGCUUGCCAUGGGCUUGAUUAGGCCGUGGAGAAUCCUGUUGCUGGAUGAGAUUACCGUUGAUUUGGAUCUGCUGAGUAGGAGCAACUUCCUUGGGUUCCUGAAGAAGGAGACGGAAACCAGGAAAUGCACAAUUGUGUAUGCGACGCAUAUCCUUGAUAAUCUGGCGGCAUGGCCGACGCAUCUGGUACACAUGAGUUUGGGGAAGGUCAAGGAAUGGGGUGGCAUUGAGACAUUCAAGUUAGAUGGCAGGGGAACUGAUACAGGGAAUUCGAGAUUGGGGGAGUUGGUGUUGACGUGGCUGAAGGAUGAUCUAAGUGAGAGGGGCCCGAGGAAUCUAGGGAGAACGAGUGAGGGGACUGCAUACUUGAACGGGGGAGUUGGAGGUUAUGGCUCCGAGAGUGUUGAGAAGAGGACUUUUUAA